ACAAAUAUAGGUGGCGGUACAGCUCGGAGCAGGAAUACGAUGCGUUACUUCGGAAAUUCACUUCGGUUUUUCUGGAGACGAACGCACCGGAGCCAAGUACGUACACGUACGGAGGCGCCUUGACAAAUACAUUUGGAAAUUCAUAAUUCUAACAUCCGAUGCCGCUUGCGAAUAACGUCAACUGGUUCCAACGAGGACGAAUUUUUAGACGAGUCGCAGCGGCACCGCAGAAGUCACGGAGGGCGUCUGACCCAGUCUGGUCUGAGCCAACGCCUGAGCCAUUGUUCCACCCAUGGAGCCAGUGUGCAGUGUUCAAAAUUUGAACCGGUGUAUGCAUGCGACGCGACCUUAGAUAAUGGCCGCCGAUGAAUUUCAAGUUGAAAGUGUGUUACAUUUUAUGUCAAAUUCUCUCUACGCGGGAAUAGUCCCUGAAAAUUCUCUCCUCCGCUUCACAAAAAUUAUUCAAACUGUGGACCCAACCGCAAGUAAUGGGCUCGAAAAAGCACAAAAAACACAAACGCGAACGGCUAGAAGAAGGCCAUUACCCGACACCCGAUAGACCGCCGGCAUUGAAACUGAUAUUGAAAGUUGGUGGAAGUAGUGGGACUCCUGAACAUGGAGCUGACUCGCCGCAUCACUCGUCGAUUUUGCAGCAACACUAUCAGCAACAAUUGGGUGUUAAUUAUUCAGUCACACAGGGAGAGUCUGAGUAUGAUCGAUACAUGGGUCACAAAAAAUUGAAGAAAAAGAAAAAGAAAAAGGAUAAGCGUCACAAGCACCAUCAUAAGGAGAAAAAGAGACGCAGAGACGAAUCGAGCCAGGAAUCUGUUGGAGAAGACAGUUUUCUUGAACCCCCCAAAAAAAUGCCAACUAUCGUACCUCAGAACCAACAACUAAUGCCUCCCAGACCUCCGGAUAUUGAACAUAGAAUUGGUGUUAUUGGAUCUAGCUCGCUAUCUCCACAUCGAGAACCCAGGACUUGCGUUCUUAGAAAAAUUGCUGAGCGAACCCCACUUCAGAGACUUCUAGAACACCUACUCAGGUCCAUGGAAAAACGAGACCCUCAGCAGUUCUUCGCUUGGCCAGUUACGGACAACAUAGCACCUGGAUACUCUCAAAUUAUAACUAAUCCCAUGGACUUUAGUACGAUAAAACAAAAGAUCGAUGACUGCAAUUACCAGAAUUUAAACGAGUUUAUAAUCGAUUUCAAGCUUAUGUGCAACAAUGCAAUGACCUAUAAUCAUCAGGAUACUAUUUACUACAAAGCAGCAAAGAAACUGCUUCAUGUGGGCCUCAAAAUGGUCGCUCCCGAAAAGUUGAGGCAAUUGAGACCCGUUCUUACUUACAUGCCGGAUAUCACCAAGGAAGAACUUGGAUUUGAGCUCGGUGUCGAAGAUCCCAAUAAUCCAGAUAUUCUAGUGACUGAGGAACAGAUAGAGAAAGAACGGGAACAAGAAGAGCGAAAUGAAGAAGCAGAGGAGUUGAGAAAGGAGAACCAGCGAAAACUACGCUUGGCUAAUCUUGGCAGGUUUGAGGCAAUUCCCGACGACAUGACGCCAGAUGAAAUCUUGAAACAAGCUCAAGCCGCGGCAAAACAUGCCGCUGAAAAAUUAAGUUUCAAACGAAUCAAUUCUAAAAUGGGUUUCCUCAGGCAGAAGAAAGACGGUACUACUAGUUUGCAAAUACUUGUUCCCGGCGAUGGUGUGAUACCUGGAACUAAUCAGAGGCCAGUCUCCUUGGGACAAUUAAUAGGAAAAUUGAGUCAUGGAACUGGGUCACUAGCUGGGUUCAGAGAAGAUAGACGCAACAUGUCAAAGCCUGCGAAACCUCUUUAUUACGGAGCCUUUGGCUCCUACGCACCGAGUUACGACUCAACUUUUGCCAAUCUUACAAAGGAAGAGACAGAUUUGGUUUAUCAAACCUAUGGGGAUGAGACUGCCGUUCAGUAUGCUGAGUCUAUAUUAGAUUUUGCCAAGGACUGUGACUACACAUUAACCAUGGUUGACAAUCUGCUGGACUUGCUCACUAACGGGGAUCACAAGAAGACAAAACGGUUCUUAGAGGAGAAAAGGAGGCUCAGAGAGGAAGAGGAGAAAAUUAAACACCUCUUGGAGAAACCUGUCCAUGAUGGAAAUCAGCCAGGAUCGUUCGCCGAUAAAGUAAAAGUUGACCUCGAUCAACUGAAAAGCCUUGCAGAAAUCGGAAUCGACAUAAAUUUUCUGGAAAAUAUAGAAGAAGAGACAAGAGCGUCGGAGGAGCGUUCGUCCCUUCAAACUGAAUUGGAUGACACAACACAGCUGCUUGGUCGUCUACACCAAGUCCAGCAUGACCGGCUGUCAGCAACGCCUCCUGCUCACUUAUCCAAUGUCCCUAAACCACAGGAUACGGAGAUCAUGUUGGCAGAUAAAAUAACAGAGAACCUAACAGAGAUAUCAAAGAAGCUUCCACCCUCUGCUAUCGCCCCUGUGGAUGGCCUACGGAGAGCGAUGGGAAUCGCUCCAAUCACACGCCCGACAUCUGCCCCAGGUUCAGUACCAGCAACGGUUACCAUCUCCGCUAAUGUCUCAGCCGCUGAGCCAAUGGAGGUUGUCGACUCUAUCGUCUCAGCAUCACCACCGUCGCUACCGUUGCCACUGGGAACUCCGGGUCUUGGACAAACUCUCAAUAUUGUGAACCCAGGACAGCCUUCGAUUCAAGUACAAGUUGGAGGAAUCCCUCAUCAAGAUCAAGGUCAUGGUCCCGGCCAGUCUCAGGUCGGCGGAGGUGGCAGUGGUAAUAACGGAGGUGGGCUACUUACCACUCACGAAAAUUCUUCGGGGGUUCCCGACCUGGAGUCGGAGCUCAGAGAAUUCCUCGAGAGCGAUCCAACACUCGUACAUUCUCCGCUUCAUGACGACAAAACCCUUGAGGAUAUCCUUUCGGAAUCCUAGCCACCGUGCGUGGGCACUGCUUGGCUGGAUUUCCAACAGCAGCCACGUUGCCCAACACCAAAACGUACAAUGUUUGAAAUUCCUAAUAAAUAGUUUUUACCUGAUGCUAA